AAAUAUAAUGACAAACAGCCAGAUGACUUGGAGACUUUCCUUUUUUUGGUAGUCUGUUCCAAAAUAACUAUUGUUAUUGCUAUAUUGAUCAUUAAUGUUGUCGGAAAUGUGUUUUAAGUUUGCAUUCGUGGCAGAUGCGAUACGGGGCCCUUAGAUUCAGUUGAGAUCUCCUCCAUGGGUUCAAUGUCAACCUAAACAAUGGUGUGAUCGCUCUGAAGGAACGGAGCUCCAGCAGCGGCCGUGCGGGACAUACCGUUGCACCAAUUCUGCUUUCCUCCAAUAGAUUUAAAGUGUGCGCCUCGGCCCACAAUGGAGAGCCUGGAAGUGGGAGGAUCAGUUCCGUAGCGAUCCUUCUGGCUUUGUUACGCCUGGGAAGCCAUUUUGGAAAUCUGCUUGUUGUGCACCAGCAUAACACUCGCAAGCCACUUGCAAACUUUUGUGUAUUUUUUUUCUUUUAAUAGAAAAUUAACGUUAAGGGAUUGUGCAUCCGCAGUAAUAAAUAACCUUUGAGUUUCCGUGUGUCGGGAUGCUGGCAGAAGUUUGCGCAUUAUUCGUGACAGUAAUAUGAGGAUCUUUUCCUUGUGGAUUACGCCUUUAAGGAAUAAUAACAUACAUGGACUCUAACCACGCGGUCUGAACGAAGAAGAAUGACCAUGGAUUUUUCCCAGCUGCACACAUAUACACCGCCUCAGUGUGCUCCAGAGAACACCGGCUAUACCUACUCUCUCAGCUCCAGCUACUCCACAGCAGCGUUAGAGUUUGAGAAGGAGCACCAGAUUGCCGCCGUGUACGAAUCGCCCAGGAUGUCACGGCGGAGCCUGCGUUUGCAAACCGCCGCCGGUCACUAUGGUAACGAGAGCAUGGCUGAUCACUCCCAGAACCGCAGCAGCAGCUACACCAGCACCAAGAGAGAGACACGGACUCUGCGCAGCAAAAAGCAGCAGUCCAGUUCUGGUGGCCUGUCAUUAUCCCUGAGCCAAGCCGCCACACCGAGGAAAACCCUCUCCUUCUCAGCUGUUAGUACUCCAGUUAGCAGCAGCAUCAUUCAGGAAAGCAACACAGCUUCUGAUGCCUCUCUGCUCACAUCUAUCCUGGACCAGUCCCACCUGAGACAACGCACCGUCACCACAACCACAACCACCACCUCUACUUCAGUGGACGGACACUGGGGGAGGAGCUUCGGCGCUGACCACAGCUCAUCAAGCAUAAACGGCGAUGCCAGUGCAUCAAAGUCCCACACCUCGCUUUCCAAUGGCUAUAUCUGCAAAGACUGCUCUUUACACUCUCAGAAGAAUGACUCCUUUAUCGCACAGUCAUCAUCAUCAUCAUCAUCUCAGGCAGCAGAAGCUUCCUCAGACACUCUUUCUUACUCCUCACCUUUCACAAGUAUAUACUCCAGAGACAGAAGUCGAAGGAACCAGACAGGUGUCCUGGUGUCAAUAUCUAAUACAUGUAUACGCUACAGCAAACGAGCCCUGGCCCCCUUAGUGUCCUUAGUCACCCUGCUCUUCAACAAUGUGCUCUGGCUGGGUUCAAGGGCCAAGAGCCCUCCAGGAAAAGGUGUCCUUGCCUCAUUUUCGGCCUCAGUGAGACAAGCAGUGUCCUCCAGUUUGUCCCAACUGUGGCUGUUUAAGCAGACCACUCUCCACAGGUUGAUGGGCUACAGGGAUAAGUGCUAUGAAGGACAAGCUCACUCAAGUUUCUGUGGAAGCAUGAAUGUGAAGGGCCUGGUGACUGAAGAUGCAGCACAUCUUAAUCUCAAUGGUUCCCUGUGUGAUGACUGUAAAGGGAAGCAGCAUUCAGAGACGCACACCGUCCUCCUCACACAGUCCUCCAGGCCUCAACGCCUGGUGGGGGCACUGUGGAGCGUCUUAGCUUACACAGGUUACUGCCUCCUCCAGCCGGGUUACUGUGUGGUGAGAGCAGGCAAAGCAUUGGGAUCCGGUGCUGGGACAGUGGUGCAGAGGCUGCUCUCACUGGUCUGGAUGCUCCUGGCAUUUCCUGUGAAAGCAGGCAGGGGACUUCUGUGGUUUCUCGCAACAGGAUGGUAUCAACUGGUGUCUCUUAUGUCUGUCCUCAACGUGUUCUUUCUGACACGAUGCCUUCCGAAACUCUGGAGGCUCUUGCUGCUCCUUCUGCCCCUUUUGCUCCUCCUGGCUUUAUGGUUGUGGGGUCCAUCCACUGCUGCCCUGCUUGCUUACCUUCCAGCCGUGAACCUGACUGAGUGGCGUCCUGCUUCUCCCUUCACCCUCCUAUCGAACUUGGUGCCAGUUUCUGCUCCAGUUCCUGCAUCUGUGUCCUCCCCUGCAUCAGAGAUUCCAGUGGAGCGAACCCCAGCCACCCCUGUGUCACAGGCACCGCCAGUGGUUCCCCCUGCAGCGCUCUCUGGUGUUGACUUAGAGAGACUGGAACUCGUUGAGCGCCAACUAGCCCUGUUGUGGGAACGAGUCCAGCAGGGAGAUGAGAAGCAGGAGCGGCAUCACGGGGAUAUUUUGGGUCUCUACAGCACCCUGAGGGAGCAGCUCCACACUCAGACCAACAAAGAGAGCCUGGGCCUGUGGGUGUCCUCCCUGCUGGACCAGAGACUCGGCGUGUUACGGGGAGAGCUGGAGCAGGAGAACAUGCAAAGAGCACAGGGUGCAGAGCAGCAGAAACAGCACCAAGAAAGUCAAGCAGGACGUUUGGCUGACUUAGAAUUGCUGCUCAACGCUCUGGCUGCUAAAACUGAGGAGAUGCAGCAGAAACAGCAGCAAUAUGAGCACGAGAAGCAGGAAAAAGAGAAGGAGGUUGUCACUUCAGCUGCCGACACAGUUUCUGUCAGUGUGGGUGUGAAGCAGGAGGACCAUGAUGCUCUGCUAGUGGAGGUGCAGAGACUUGAAGCUGAACUGGGCAAAGUCAGACAGGACCUGCAGGGUGUUGUGGGAUGCAAGGGCAAGUGUGAGCAGCUGAGCACACUGCAGGAGACGAUAUCAGCCCAGGUAUCAUCCCAGGUGCGUAAGGAGUUGCAGGCUCUGUUCUUCGGCAGUGGCGGGUCGGGAGAGGUGCCUGAGUCUCUGAUCCACUGGUUGUCUGAGCGCUACGUGAGCACACCUGACCUGCAGGCCUUACUGGCCUCACUGGAGAUGAACAUACUGAGAAACGUGUCCCUGCAGCUGGAGCUUAACCGUGCCCAAACCCUUGGUGAGGCCGAAUCCCAAGCCAAGGCCAUCAUUCAGACAGUGACGGGGUCUGUACAGCAGACGGCUGCCACUGAGGGACUGACAGAAGAGCAAGUGAGGCUGAUUGUCCAGAACGCUUUAAGGCUCUACUCUCAGGAUCGAACGGGCAUGGUGGACUACGCCCUGGAGUCUGGAGGUGGCAGCAUCCUCAGCACUCGCUGCUCUGAGACAUAUGAGACCAAGACUGCCCUCAUGAGUCUCUUUGGCCUGCCUCUCUGGUAUUUCUCCCAGUCUCCACGUGUUGUCAUCCAGCCUGAUGUGUACCCAGGUAACUGCUGGGCGUUCAAAGGCUCUCAGGGCUACCUGGUGAUCCGGUUGUCCCUGAGAAUCCUGCCCACAUCUUUCUGUGUGGAGCACAUCCCCAAGGCCCUGUCCCCGACUGGAAACAUCACGAGUGCCCCACGCAACUUCACUGUUUUUGGCCUAGAUGAUGAGUACCAGGAAGAAGGGAAGUUGCUGGGUCACUACACAUACCAGGAGGAUGGGGAGUCGCUGCAAACCUUUCCUGUUAUGGAGCAGAAUGAUAAGACCUUCCAGAUCAUCGAGGUGCGGGUGCUGUCUAACUGGGGUCAUCCAGAAUAUACAUGCAUGUACCGCUUCAGAGUCCAUGGAGAACCUCGGCCUCAGUGAACCAACCACUAAUACAAAGGCUCAUAUAUGACAUAUCACACUAUCUGUACAUAGCUCUCGUCAACUUCUUAAAAAAACAGAGGGGACUCGACAGUGCUUUCUGAACGUUUUUGUAUGAAAGAUAAAAAAGAACGCAAGCUGUGGAUUGUUAAAGGAAUGUGCACAGACUGAGUGAUGAACAUGUGUUUUAGAAAACUGAAGGAAUCGCAGUAAAGUCUGUAUGGGGACUGUCAAUGUAUGAUCGCAGAAGAAGAAAAGAACCACGGAAGAAGCUAAAAGGUCUCUUGCACUGAAUCAACCCGUGAGGGCAGCAGGCUCCACUGAGCGGACAAAUCCGCUGCUACCGCCAACCCCAACCCCCUCCUUUGGAACCUUCUACAUGGAGUUGGACACUUGAAAUGGGGGAUUACAGACUCAUCUCCUCCAUUUCCCCACACAGUCUGAUUCACUUUCACUUUCAACUUUGAUUUCUGUUAGUCUGCUAUUUUCAGGGUCAAAGCCACUGCACCUUUGCCUGCGAUGCUGUCCAGGCAUGAUUCUCUUUGUUCCUGUCAGGCUUCUGUAAUGACUUUAGCUGAGCUCAGCGUGCAGCCUGCAGGACUGAACCACACUCACAGGUGGUGUGUACUGGAAAUGAAAGGUUCACUACAGUCAAGGCUUGGCAUCAAACAUCCACAUAGCCAUAACUGCAAUGCUUCUUUUUGUUUUGGAACUGAACAUGCCGUCUAUGGACAGGUUCUGAAUUUUUCUCAUGUUGGAGACAUUUACUGCAAGUCAUCCUUUAACUUCACAGCAACACUAUAUAUCCAGAGCCCUGAGCUCUAUGUGUUCAGAGUAUAAGAGGCUCUUCUCUUCACUAUGUACAUUAGACAAAAGAAGUGUACUGUUAUGGAUGGACUCCGGGAUUCAUUCUAGCAUGUAACUCUUUGCGAACCAUUCUCUAUAAAUGUUACAUGCAUCAUGGAUUUGCAUGAGAGUGUGUCCUCUCUGAAGGUUUGAGUCCUGUGCCUGGAUCUCAAAUUACCAAUCAAUGAUCAGAGUUAAGAAAUAUAAUUACUCCUGUUGACAAGAGUGUGUUUUAUUAUUAUUUUUCUUUUUUUACCAUCUGUUUCUGUCAAGAGGGGUUCUCUCUGUCUCCUUCUAGCUCAGUUUUAAACGUCCUCCUCUCAUGGGCUCCCUCUGUUCUGAACCCCUAAAGGAAUGUAAUCUGUAUAUUUAAUUGUUGAUAGCUGAUCCUUUAUAAUAUCUGCUUUUAUCAGUGUUGCUUUAUAAAAAAAAGAUCAUCCUGUUACCAUGAUUAUUAUUGUAAUACUACCAUUAUUUCUACAUUGUGUUAUUUGCUUUUUGUUCUGUUUUGUUUUGAGGGGUUGUUGAUGAUGUCAGAGGAUGCACUGCAGCAACUUGGUAGAGAAUUGUCUGUGGCACAGGUCUUCACAAUAUGUUUAAAAGAAAUGGGUGCGUGUAGUCAUCAGUUUUGGUUGCAAAUAUGGGGAAGUCUAAAAUGUUAUGUAUAAAUGAUGUUUUCACAAUCUUAUUUAUUAACAAGUCAAUUAGUGACUGCAAGAUAUUAGUUAUUGCAAUGUAUAUUUUGUCAAAAGUUGUUCAGUGCAUUUUGGAACCACCAUUUUUUUUUUUUAAGAUAAAUGGCUAUUUUUGUUCAGUCAUGAGAUGACUUAACUGCUUUGGAAUAUAUUCCAAUAAAGACUUUAAUUUUGAA